AUGAAUACACCUCCUCCAGAAAGGUCAAAGCCAAUAUCAUCUUCUCCCUCAUUAAACACAUAUGAAGCACCCCACACACGCCCACGUCGUCACACUGUCGCACGGCCAGAAUCAGCACUAGGAUUGCUGUCUGGACCAGCUGCGGACGACGAUGAAGAUCAACAGGAAACCUUUGACCGGAUAUCUGACAUCCUUUCUACACUUAUCCAAGAAGCAAACGAAGCUGUCCAUGGUAUAGAAAGCGAACGGGCACGGCUAAUCAAGUCUAAUAAUUCCAUCGUACCCUCAAAGUUGCCACGGCCCAAGCGGACUCGCACUCCCAGCUUUCAUGCGCGUGACUUGCCAGAGUACUCUAUCCCAAUCUCACCAAUCUCACCUGCACCCUCACCCAUCCCCGGCACUUUCUCCAAGCGACACUCGCGUUCCAUGUCAGCCAGACCCCUGUCCUGCCCUGCAUUAGCUGUCCGGAGAUCAGCAACGCCUCGGUUAUCCAAAAGGAUUUCUUCACCGUUAAUUCAGCAACAAGACCCUCUUGCCGAGUCCUUCAAGAGACUUGACUCUUCCAUGGCUCUCGUAGACUCUCUCUCCCGAGACCUAGCUUCUCCAGUGACUCAGCAACCACAAUCUUCAUUACCACUCGACCCACGCUUCUCGGGUCUUUUGCUACUACCCCUUCUUCACAUCCCUCACGCCCUGAUUUCCAUGGCCUUUGACUCUCUUCCUUCCCAACGCCAUUCGUCACCGACCAGUCUUACAAGCAUGCUCACAUGGGCCUUUUUUUUUGUGCUUGCAAAUCUUAUGGUCGAUCGUCUAGUCGUUUCUACAGCUGCGCCUAUUCUUUGGUUAUCUGUUCGUACUCGCCGUCUUUCUCUCCCCGGCUCCUUCCAACCAUCCACAUUUCCUAGUAUCCUUCCUCCAACAUCAACAUCAACAUCAACAUCAAUAUCAGCAUCAGCAUCACGAUCACGAUCACUAGCAGCACCAUCAACUUCAUCAUUUAUAUCGUCAUCAUCAACAACAACGAACAUAUCCUCAGAUUGUCACUGCGAUACAGAGCGUACACGAAAACGACGCAUGUCCCGCCGCCCCAGUCAUACUAUUAGUACCAAAACACACAAAAAGACCUAUUCGGUUCAAGGUCCUCUACCGUCACCAAUCGAAACACAUGUCGCCAUUCGUCGCACUACCCCACAGACUUCCUGGUCCGUUUCCACCGAACCAAAACCUCGUAUUACCCGACGUUGCUCUUUCUAA